ACGUCGACUGGUUGAACGUUUACAUCUAGCUAGCAGUGCACUGUGUGAGCGUUUCCYAACAAAAGCCUGAAGACGAGCAAAUCAAUAGCAGCAAUCGGCAUUUUAAAACGAAACAAUUGAUUAUCAAGUUGUAGAUAAAGGCCCAGAAGUUACCCUUCUCUCCAGCUAAGAUGGGAGGGGCUGUGAGCGCUGGGGAGGAUAAUGACGAGUUGAUUGACAACCUGAAGGAGGCACACUACAUCCGUUCGGACCUGGUGGAGCGGGCCUUCAGGGCCAUCGACCGGGCCGACUACUACCUGGAGGAGUACCGUGACAGCGCCUACAAGGACCUGGCCUGGAGGCACGGCAACAUCCACCUAUCAGCCCCCUGUAUCUACUCGGAGGUGAUGGAGGCCCUGGACCUUCACCCUGGCCUGUCCUUCCUCAACCUGGGCAGUCCAUUUGGUGUGAACCAUGGGGUGGAGUUGCAUGCUGAUGUGAUUGAGUAUGCCUACCAGAAGCUUGCCUACUUCAUCAAAACCAGCGAAAGCUUUGACAAGUUUGAGUURUGCGAGCCUUCCUUUGUGAUGGGGAACUGCCUGGAGAUCCCRUCUGAGAGCAGGCAGUAUGACAGGGUGUAUUGUGGGGCGGGGGUGCAGAGGGACCAUGAAGAAUACAUGAUGAACCUGCUGAAGGUGGGAGGUGUUCUGGUACUGCCCCUAGAGGAGAAGCUAACCAAGAUCACGCGUACAGGCCUGAGCAGCUGGGAGACCAAAAAGAUCAUUGCUGUGUCCUUCGCUCCCCUGGUGCUCCCCAAAGAUUACACCAGUAACAUCAACCCCAAGACCGUCCCACUACCCAUGUUUGAGGUGCGGACGCUGCAGGAGCUGGCUCGUAUAGCCAUCCGCCACACCCUGAGAGUGACCARGGACAACGGGGAGGGUCAGCCACGGGGCCGGGGCUCUUUUGGAGGAGGCAGGGGCCUGGGAGUCAGUGGGCUCCACAAGUACGGCCCACGCUUUAAACGCCGGCGCAUUCAUCGGCGCCACUGCASCUCUGUGGUACUGAGCAGUGCCCUCCCUACCUCCGCCCCCAUGGACAACAACAAUAACCGCGGGGGCCAGGAGGAGGAGAAGCAGGGAAGGGCAACCCGGGGAGCGGAGGAGGAGGAGGAGGAGGCUGCGGAGGAGGAGGAAGAAGAGGAGGAAGCAGAGAGGGAGACAGGGGAGCUACUCCGGGCAGAACCACCUAUAAACAUCCUGAGAGAGAGGAUUCUCUGUUUGCCCCUCCCGGAGCCUCUGAAGAUGUACCUGCUGUACUGCCGGGAGAAAUGACUUCUCCACAGAUAGAACUAACAGCGGAAAACAACCAAGCAACCAGCCUUGGGCAUCUACAACCCCUGACCCCUACCACUCUUCUAGGCACGGCAACAGGCCCCCUGUUACUGACUCACUGACUGGGUCUCUAUUGGUUACUGACUCACUGACUGGGUCUGUAUCCCUCU